GCAGAUAAGACGCCGCGCAUGCGCAGGCGCUGAGGCCUGCGGGAAUUCAAGAUGGCGUAUAGGUGUACUUCGGGCCGCAGUUGGCGCGUUACCAGCAUCUGAGCGGAUAGUUUGUAAGGGACUGUGGCAAACGCCCUCUCCGCUGCCAUGGCCAGGCAUCGGAAUGUCCGAGGCUAUAACUACGAUGAAGAUUUUGAAGAUGAUGACCUCUAUGGCCAGUCUGUAGAGGAUGAUUAUUGUAUUUCCCCAUCAACAGCUGCUCAAUUUAUUUACUCACGACGUGACAAACCUUCAGCUGUUGAACCCGUAGAAGAAUAUGAUUAUGAAGAUUUGAAAGAAUUCUCCAGUUCUCUUGUGAAUCAUCAGCUAAGUGGAAUUGAUCAAGCUCGUCUUUAUUCAUGCCUUGAUCAUAUGAGAGAGGUACUUGGAGAUGCUGUGCCAGAUGACAUAUUGAUUGAAGCAGUUCUGAAGAACAAGUUUGAUGUGCAGAAGGCUUUGUCAGUGGUUCUGGAGCAAGAUAAAGUGCAGAAUUUUAAAGUCAGGAGUGAGGGAGCAAUAUCUACAGGAAAAAUAGCAAAAGGAGUCUUAUUAUCUUCCUCUGAAGUUUCAGCUGAUAAUGUUCACAGCUCUUGUCAACAGUCUGCAAACUAUUUGGAUUGCAGCAGCAAAUCCUUUGAUUUUUCUGGCCCAGUAGCAAAAUAUGGAUUAUAUCAUAAUUCCUCAGUUAUACCAAGUCACUAUUUACUCCAUAAAAAAAAGAAACUUGACAGACCUAAAAGUGAAAAGAAACUAGAAUCAUGUAAGUUAAUGAAAGAGCUGUCCCUAGCUGACCUAAUCGAUGAUAUGCCAAGAGAUUCUUAUAAAAGUCAGCCUUCAGUCAGAUUACCACCCACAGAUAGUGUGGAGAGUCUACCUUCAAGGAGUCUAGAUGGUGAUUUGUUAAGACCUCAUGUGUCUGAGUGUAUUUCCAAAGAUGAUUCUGCUUUCAAAGGCAUACCAGAUUUAAAAUCCUUAAUGAUAAAAAACACGGCACCUAAUAACUCAUUAUUUAUUCAAAAUGAUUCGGUACCUGAUUUGCAAAACAUUCCAGUACAGAACAGUUUAGGAAGUUUAAAUAAUCCUUUGCUGUUAACCAACUCAAUGGAAAAUAUGGCUGUUGAUAGUUUAAAUGCUAGUAAAACGACUGAAGUUGGAGUUGUUUCUUCAGUUGAACAAAGCAACAAGAAUUGCAUGUUAAAGAAUGACAACUUGCGGUUUUCUCAGUGUGAAAGUCCAUCCCUAGCUGAAUUGUUUCAGGAACACAAGGAAAACAAUCCAAGCCAGUGCUUUACUUUACCUGAUUUUUGUCACCAACCAUCUGCCAGUUUCACAGAUCUCAGUUUGGGAUCUUUUCCCUUGUCACAACUAGCAAAUCGGUAUCAAUCUUCAACUGGAAUAUCAGAGUUAACAGGAUCUCUAUCAUCUUUGGCAUUUCAUAAAGCUUCUCCAACAAGAGACCUUGAGAAUUUGUCACUUUCUGAUUUGAUUGCAGAAACGAUUGAUAUAGACAACCCUCAGAUUAAGAAAGAUUCCUGUAUGCUCAGUUUAUCUGAAAUGAGGUCAUCUGGAAUAGACUCAAAUAUUGAUCUUAGUGUCCUCAUAAAAGCCCCAGAUUUUGUUCCCAGACCUGUAGUAGACCAAUCAGUUGCUCCAAUACCAGAAACUAAAGUUCUGAGUUCAAAAUUAGGGAAAACUUCCAGUUCUGCUAAGGAUAAUAAGAGAAACAGUAAAAGCUCUCUGCCUAGGAAACCGCCUUUUUCUCUCUCUUGGACCAAGGCCCUUGCUGCCAGACCGUCAGCUUUCGCUUCAACCCUGUGUCUUCGUUACCCAUUGAAAACCUGCAAGCGACGCACCUUUGAUCUCUAUAAGGCUUUUCUUUAUAGUAGACAAGUUCAAGACGUAAAAGACAAGGAAAUAAGUCCUCUUAUAGCAAUAACACCAUUUGACUUCAAAUCAGCAUCUCCUGAUGACAUUGUGAAAGCUAAUCAAAAGAAAGCUUUUACUAGAGAAUAGUAACAAAAGGAAAACUUGCUAACUGUUGUAGAGCUUUUUCUUUUAAAUUAAUUUAAAAAUUUUAAACUUUUAUAGGGUUACUUUAUAUUAUGGGAUUUAAGUUGAUUUUUAUAUUAAAAUUGUCUUAAGUCAGUUGAUAACUUUAGUUGAUAAAUGCUUUUGCACUGAAAUUUCUUUUUACUAUAUCUUCUUAUAGUGAUAACUGGUUAAGUUGAUAGCCUGUAAUAGGUGUAUGUUUACAAAGUGCUUAUGGUAACUUGAUAUUGUGAAAUCAAACCUCAGCUAUUUUUGUUUAAAGCAUUCAGCUUUGAAAGUUUUUAUGAUGAGAUAUUUUCUUUUAUAAAAUAUUUUUGUGCUUUGUUCUUAAAUGAAAAUGCCACCACUUGGGAUUAGUAUAAUUUAAUGAUGAAGAUUUUUCUUGUGAUAUAUGGCAUAACAUAGCCAAGACAGUAUUAUAUUUUGAAAUAUUAAUGAAAUCAUUCCAAGUUUCAUUAUUUUUCUGCCAGUGAAUACUAAAAGUUUUUUAUUAGAAAAUCUAAAAAUUCCUAACUUUUAAGAAUACUGUGGAGGUUAUUGAAAUACAUUUUUCAUGAUAAUAAAAUAUAAAUCCUUUUAAGGGACCAUGUACAUGCUGAAGAUGGUUUAAUACAUAAUUUAUUUUUAUACAUUUUCAAAACCAUUUGUCCUAAAUGAACGCUUUAAAAUAAAUAUGUAGAAAGUCUUUUCAAGUAUGGUUGCAUGUUCCUUGAGUAAUCUUGCCAGAUCUCUUUUCAUUUUUUCUUUUUACUGUAAGUAAUGAAAUGUGGAGUUUUCCUCUUUGCUACUGACAGCUCUGUGUGCUAUAAGGACAAAGUUUCAGCAGUAGUCGACCGAGUAAGAUCCCUUCUAGUUGGUAGAACAAGUAGGUAAUUCAUCUCUUAAAGCAGUUGUCCUCAACCAGCAGUCAGAAUCACUGGGGAAAUUUUUUUCAAAACAUAGCUAUUGUGACUUCACUCCAGAUAUGGCGAGUCAUUUCUGAGGGAUGACAUUCGGAAAUGUAUAUUUUCAGGAUGGUCCCCAGUUAAUUCUGAUGGGUUACUUCUACUUGAGAAUCGCUCCCUUAAAGAAAUCAGUAGAAUGAAAGGAAUUACUAAUGCUAGGAAUAACACCUGGCCAACUUGAAUUUUUAAUUUGUAUUUUCUAGUAAUUAGGAAUACCAAGGAAUAUUGCUAAUUAGGAAUUAACACCUUUUUUGUUAGAAGAUAAUGCUAUUAGUUAUUUCUUGCAGGAAAAAAGUCUUUAAAAUGUUGUUUCUUAAUGAGAACAAAAUAGCUAUGUUUUCCCAGUAAAAAUGUUGUUCUCUGACUACUACUAUAGUCUGCGUUUGAUAAUUUUUUAAAAUAUUUCUUGUUUCUGUUUUCAGAAUGACAUCCCAAUAUCCCAAUAUUUUUAGUUGUAUAUGAUGUUUUUAUGUCCAGUGUUUUGGUGAGAGAGCUGAAGCCAGCCUUAUGUACUUGUUCUUGACUAAACACUUUGUGACAUCUUCACUUUUUGUUUCUAACUGCGGAUUUCAGUGCGUAUCCUACUGAUGCUUAGAUCAUAUAAAUUACAAGUUAUAUUUUGUGAUCAGUUUUGAAGUUUGAAUUACCCCAACUGCUGAUUUUGUUUUUCUAGUCUUGAACUUUAAUUGGAUAUUUUAGUAAUUUUGAACUAUUAGUCUGUGACUCAUCAACUAAAUUUAUAUACUGUAGGCAGUCUCCAGUUUAGAAGUGAAUUGUAUUCUAAGUGUUUGUUUAGAACUGACAACAAUUCUUGAUAGAUUAAAUGCUGCCCAAGUGGUCCCUUUGCACAUAAAUCCACAAAUACAUAUUUAUCCAUAUUGAAAUUGAACAGCAUUACUGUUAUAUUAUCUUUUAUAGCAAACUAAUUUUCAAGUGGAAAUACAGUACUUUUAAAGCCAUAUAGUAGAUCUUGUAGAGUGAACUAGAUCUGCCUUUGUUGGAUGAUCAGGAUUGUGACUACUAUUUAUGAUAUUAUGAUUUUAGGGGAAAAACAUUCUAUAUUACAAGGUGAUAGGGAAGGUAACAAUUUUUAAAUACGUCUCCGUGUUUCUGUUGUGAUGGCUACUGGGCCGUUAGGCACAUACCUGACAGGCACUUGCCCCAUUGACUAAGGAAGUGUCACAGUCUCUGAGAUUCAGAGAGUGGAACCAGGAAGACCCAGUGCCCCUUCUGCCUUUGGCCGUUGGCCUUUGGUAAAGAGACUAGUGCCUGCUUAUUCAUGGGCAUUUUCCUAGUGAGGACAGAUGCUUGCACUGAGUGCAUCUCCUGCACCAGCUGCUGUUUAUUGGUUGACUGCUGUCUUGGUAGCUCAGGUAUGCUAAGUGUUUUUGGUCUGUUUUCCAGUUCAGAUGUCGACUUUGACAUACAGAGCCAUUUUUAUUUGUGUUAUGCUCAAAUAUUAAUAGUAUACUUUAAGACUAGAAAUAAUGUUGUAAUUAUAUUCUAAAUGAUACAAAAUACAAGAUGUUUAAAAUGACCAUUUUCCUCUUCACUUUUUUUGAUUUUUUAAAAGAGCUGUUGUUCACAGAUGUUUUUCUGUCUUGCAUUUGGUUGGUCUUUUUGGUUACGGUUCUUCCCAUUAAUUGCAAAGAACAAGGUAUCACUUCUGUACAGAACGCUUUGCUUAUCAUUUCUUUCUUAGUUAUUCUAUCUUUUUCCUAUUUCUUGGUUACUGAACUGGUAUUCUAACCUCUCCCCACCACCUUAGCUUUGAAUCUUUCUUUCUUGAACUUUUCUUUCAGCCUUUUUUCCCCUCAUAUAAAUAGUAAUAACUGUUCCCAGUGUAGAAUAUUUAAUUUCUUGUGGUCAGUGGGAUAUCAUAUGAUUAAUUGCCAUAUCAAGGGUAAAACUACUCCAGUGCUUUUAAAUAUAUGGACCAUUGCAAAGUAGCAAGUACACAGUUAUACAUUGAAGAAUAACUAUGUAUCAGGUUUCUGUUUGGUGUUCAUACAAGUGUAUAUUUACUUAUAAAAUCAGUUUAAUAGUAGCCUAGAAAUUGUUUUCUAUUACUUUUAUAAAUGAAGGUAAUGCUGACUGGAUAGGGAGGGAUUGAUAUGAAUCCUUUACUAAUAUGCUCAGUGUAUGCAGUUGUAUAUUGUAAUUUUAAUUUGUAGGAUGCAAAAGAUUUGUCACAUUUUGAAUGUACAUUGAAAUAAAUUAUAAUUCUGGGGUUUUCUAAAAUCAGGUGUGAAAACAUCACAAUUUAUCCAUUAGGAUUUUUUAUGUAAGCUCAAUAUUUCAGAGUGAUAUUUUAAUAAUUUAUGAUAAAGGUUUCUGUAAACAAGUUGAAAAAUGCACUGCCUGGUUGUGCAGACUUUCUUUGAAGAUAUUUGUCGUUUAGAAUUCUUAUUUUCCAAAAGGGAGAAUUUAUAUUUUUACUUUUGAGGACUCACAUAGAAACAUUCUUAAAGUAUAGAUCAUGGUGAAUAUGGAUAAUAUAAUUGCAAAGAUGGCAGUGAAAAUAAAACAUUUGACAAAGUACACAGUUUUGAUGUUGACAUGCCUGGUUUGUAUGACUUAAAGGAAAGAAAGCAUCCUUCUAGUUAUAGGACAUAGCUGGAGAUGAUCAAAAAUGUGAUUCUCAAAUGGGAUGGGAAAAUGGGUACUUAAACACAUAGUUAUAUUUAUUGCAGUGUGUACGGCAUGCAUGACAUUACACUCUCCGAAGCUGAUGUCUUUGUCUUCCUGAUCCAAGCUGCGACCUCCUCCUGUUUCCUCUCUUUAUUAGCAAUAUCAGCAUCAUCCCAGUUGCUUAAGCCAGAAACCUAGGUAGCAUCAUCAUUGAUUUUGCUCCCUCAUUUACUUCUUAGAACUGAUUGUUGUUGUUUAGUUGCUAAAUUGUGUCCAACUCUUUUGUGACCCCAUGGACUAUAUAGCCUGUCCAGGCUCUUCUGUCCAUGGGAUUUCCCAGGCAAGAAUACUGGAGUAGGUUGCCAUUUGCUUUUCUGGGGGAUUUUCCCGACCCAGAGAUCAAAUCCAAGUCUCCUGCCUUAGCAGGCAGAUUCUUUACCACUGAGGCCCCUGGAAAGCCCUGUAAUUGAUUCCAGUCCUAUUAUUUCUUCUUUACAAAUAAGUAAUUAUAUGUGUGUACAUAUACAGUUGAUUGUUCUUGUAUGUGGUAGUUACAUUUUAUAAAGUCAUAAAUGAGUGAACACUGAAUGAAAUAGGCAGAUGCUGACUUAGCAAAAACUGAACCAUUGCUCCCAUAAGAAAUACGAGGUUAGGUUCCUGUGAUCGUCUGGUCACAUUUUUGUCAAACAAUCAAUACAUGACCUUGUUUUAUGUAUGUUUAAAGAUACUUUAUUUAAUACAUAUUAUACAUAUAUUAUUGAUUCAUUGAAAUUGAACACAUAACCAGUAGCACUGUAACUAAAGCCUAACACUAACAUUAUCUCACAUGCGUCUUUGUAAGGUGAUCACAGCUGCUUUGUGCUUAACACUAGACAGAGCUUCAGACUACUCUUGGGGACCAUUUUAAACAGCAAAAUCACCAACUAAUAUCACAGGGUGAAAAAUGCGGCAUUUAAGAGGUCGUGAAAAAGGAUACUAGAGAAGGCAAUGGCAUCCCACUCCAGUACUCUUGCCUGGAAAAUUCCAUGGACGAAGGAGCCUGGUAGGCUGCAGUCCAUGAGGUCGCGAAGAGUUGGACAUGACUGAGCAGCUUCACUUUU